GUGCGUGUAUGUGUGUGUAUGUGUGUGUAUGUGUGUGUGUGUACUCCCCGGCCCGCAUGAGAGGAGCUGCCUGCAGUCUUUGCAGCCACUGUUUUCGUCUCCUCCUCUCCUCCUCUCCUCCUAUACUCCUCGCCUCUGUGUGUAUCUGUCCAGUCCGGGAAUGUUGACCACCGUGGCCUGAUCCUCCUCCUUCUUCAUCUCCUGACUGCCACUCUGCGUGGAAUUGUCUCUGACUUGUCGGAGUCUUCCUCAACUCCUCUGGCUCUAAGGUGAGUUCUGCUCUCUUCAUCUUGUACUGAAACUGAAUCCAACCAGACACAUUGUCCGAGAGAGGCGAGGAACACAGAAUAUGGCUGUGGCUGGGUGUCCGGAUUAUUUCCUGCAUCAUCCAAAUUAUCAGCAGGACAAUAUAGACCGGACCUCCAAUCACAGGCCAGCUGAUCUCAUUGGUCCGGGCUUCCAGCAAUCAGCCAAUCGGAGUUCUCCUAACCAUCAAGAGGAUGAUGUCGAUUUAGAGGCCCUGGUUAAUGAUAUGAACUCUUCACUGGAGAGCCUGUACUCCACUUGCAGUGGUCAGCAGACAGCUUCUACCCCACUACUGCAAAAUGGACAGACCUCUUCUUCAAACCAACACCACCACCACCACCAUCAUCAACAACACAACCAGCCUCGGCAGGGUCAGCACACGCAUAUUCUAAGCCACGCCUCCCCAGAGCCGCCCUCAUCCUCCCCAUCGUCCUCCGACUCGCCACAAAGUGGACUCCGACGGUCACAGCCUAUGCACAUCCACGCUGUCAGGAGGUUACAGGAGGAGGAGCAGCAGUUGAGGACAUCGUCUCUCCCAGCCAUCCCGAACCCCUUCCCAGAGCUCUGCAGUCCAGCCAGCUCUCCUGUCCUCAGUCCAGGAUCCCUGCCUCCAGGAGAGCCCUCCUCUAACAUAUAUAUUGUGAAGAUCUGCAGUGAAGACGGCAUGUGUAAAGUCGUGGAGAUCCCAGCCGACAUGACCGCCAGAGACCUGUGCCAGCUCCUGGUUUAUAAAAGCCAUUGUGUAGACGACAACAGUUGGGCGCUUGUUGAACACCACACGCUGCUUGGGCUAGAGCGCUGUCUAGAAGACCACGAGCUGGUGGUUCAGGUCCAGGCCUCUAUGAACAGUGACAGCAGAUUCCUCUUCAGGAAGAACUAUGCCAAAUAUGAAUUCUUCAGAAACCCUCUGACGUUUUUCCCGGAGCAGAUGGUCGCAUGGUGCCAGGAAACCAGUCGUACUAUUCCACCAUCUCAGCUCCUUCAGAACUUCUUGGCGACCAGCAGCUGCCCAGAGAUUCAGGGACAUCUGUAUGUGAAGGAGGUGGGCAGGAAGUCAUGGAAGAAGGUUUACAUGUUCCUGCGGCGCUCAGGACUCUACUGCUCUACAAAAGGAACCUCAAAGGAGCCCAGACAUCUACAGUUACUAGCAGACCUUGAAGACAGCAACAUCUUCACCGUCAUCACAGGCAGAAAGCAGCACAGUGCCCCCACAGACUACGAGUUCUGUAUCAAGCCUAAUAAAGGUCGAGGGGAGAUGAAGGAGCUGAGGAUUCUGUGUGCAGAGGAUGAACAGGGCAGGACGUGUUGGAUGACAGCCUUCAGACUCUUUAAGUAUGGGAUUUUAUUGUACCAGAAUUAUAAGAUUCCUCAACAAAGAAAAAACUUACUUUCACACUUCUCAGCACCUGUGCGUAGUGUAUCAGAGAACUCCCUUGUGGCGAUGGAUUUCUCAGGGAGGAUAGGCAGAGUGAUUGACAACCCUGUAGAAGCUCAGAGCGCUGCCAUGGAGGAGGGGCACGCGUGGAGGAAGAGGAGUCAACGAAUGAACGUACUAGGCUCCCACAGUCCGCUGCACCACUCCUCAUUAAACUCAGGUACAUUUAUCCACAUAGCUCAGUUGUGGUUCCAUGGCAGGAUAACCAGAGAAGAAUCCCAUCGUAUCAUCCACCAGCAGGGACAAGUAGACGGGCUGUUUCUGCUGAGAGUCAGUCAGAGUAACCCCAAGGCGUUUGUGCUCACGCUGUGCCAUCACCAGAAAAUCAAACAUUUCCAGAUACUACCGUGUGAAGAGGACGGCCAAGUCUUCUUCAGCCUUGACGACGGCGCCACCAAAUUCACCGACCUGAUCCAGCUGGUGGAGUUCUACCAGCUCAACAGAGGAGUGCUGCCUUGUAAACUCAAACACCCGUGCACCGUCGUGGCCUUAUGACAUCAUGCGAUCAUCAGUCCCUAUAAGUCCUAUCACUUGACCUGACUCUGCCUAAAACAAGCAAAACAACAAGAAUCUCGUCUUGUUUUUAUCUUUUUAAGAAGCUGGUGAAUGACUGAUGUUUCUUUAUUGUCGUUGUUUUUUAUUUUAUUGUUGAGAGUCCGCCGGAGACUGCUGACUUGUUGGAUUCCUUUUAGUUUUGCAUGGACGUUUGAGGAGUCGGAUGCACAACUCGCUCACAAGGUUCCUCAGAUUAAGGAAACGAACACUGCCGUUUGUGUCAAAAAAAAAAAAAAGUUGCAUAAUGUUCCACAAUCUUGCUACCCACAGUCAUCAAUAAGCUCGGACACAGUGACCCUCGAGGUUUUUUUUCGACUUUACUUCCCUUAAACUGGACAAUCAGCAGGACAAGCUUUGUGUGGACCACUCUGCUCUCUGAGAACAAACAUUUAGUCUUAUCACGCUUCAUCACACGAAGAGAUGAAACUGUAGGCGGAGAGUUGAUUGUCUCUUAAGUUUUGCACUCACUGAACUUGGAGCGGCCUUUGACGGUGCAUGACUUCGAAGUCGUCGCAUCAAUGAACUCUGAGAUGGUGUCAGCACCCUCUAGUGUCACAGGCAUGCAAGGACAUGUUCAAAUUCAACUUGGAUGGGAUUUGGAGGCACCAGAAAGAGUGUUGCUGUCUGGAUCGAAAUUUGUCAAAAAUCUGGAACUAUCGAUACAAAGUAUUUUUAAGAAUAUAGACUGUCUAAAAUCUGCAUUUCCAACUCUCAUAGAGUUCUAUUUACUCAUCUCUGAUCACACAGGCUCCCCUUUGAUAUGUCUCCUUUUCUUUUGUUUUUUUCAUGCAUUCAGGAAACUUGCAACCCUCCAUUAUUCACAUAAGCUACGACAAGGUCAUGCUGUGCUUGUUAUUUUAUCGCAUGC